AAACAAAAAACAACAACAACACCUUGAAAAAAAUGGCAAAAUUUAAUAUCAAAGAGAUGCACAUUUUUGGCAUGGGUAAUCCAUUGCUUGAUAUUACGGCAACUGUAGAUGAUGCUUUUCUGGAAAAAUAUGGAUUGCCAAAAAAUUCGGCAAUAUUAGCCGAAGCUAAACAUGAACCAAUGUAUGAAGAGGUAAUCAAUAAAUAUGAAAUUGAAUAUUCAGCUGGUGGUGCUACACAGAAUACUAUGCGUUAUUGUCAAUGGGUUGUUGGUAAAAAUUUACAAUUAACAACAUUUAUUGGUGCUGUUGGUAAUGAUUAUUUUGGCAAAAUAAUGGAACAAAAAGCCAAAGAUGAUGGUGUUAAUGUUCAUUAUCAAAAAGUUGAUGAUGCUCUUACCGGAACCUGUGCUGUAUUGCUCAAUAAUAAUGGCAAAUAUCGUUCACUUUGUGCUUAUCUUGGUGCUUGUAAAAAAUUUGAUAAACAUUUUCUUCUAUCGAAUUCGGUGUUUAUAGAAAAGGCUAAAUUGUAUUACAUUAGUGGUCAUAUGUUGCCAGUAUCGCAUGAAAGCGUUUUACAUAUUGCACAACAUUCAAUGGAUUGGGGUAAAGAUUUUUUCUUCAAUCUUGCUGCUCCUUAUGUAACACAAAAAUGUCAAAAAGAAUUGGAAAAAUUAAUGCCAUAUGUGGAUUUUUUCUUUGCCAAUCUUGAUGAAGCACGUGCAUUUGCCACAAUGAAAGGAUAUAAGACAAAAGAUUCGAAAGAAAUUGCCAAAUUGAUCGCUAAAGAACCGAAACAAAAAUACAAUAAUCCACGUAUACCAAGUCAAUAUAAGGCUGGCCGUGUUGUUGUUAUCACACAAUCGGAAAAUCCUGUUAUUUUGUUCAAAUCAGAUUGGUCCGAUUGUAAAGAAUUUCCCGUACCACAAUUAUCGGAAAAAGAAUUAAAAGAUACGAAUGGUGCUGGUGAUGCAUUUACUGGAGGUUUUCUAGCCAUGUAUAUCUGGGGUAAACCAUUAGAACAAUGUAUUGAUUGUGCUAUUUAUUGUGCAACUGAAUGUGUCAAACAACAAGGUUGUACAUUGCCUAAAACAAUGUCUUAUAAAUUCUAAGUAAAACAACAAUAAAAUCCGAUAUGAAUUAAUUGGGCAAUGAUAAAUCCAUGCUAAUUAUCGAAACCAAAAAAAGAAAGCAAACAAAAAUGAUAUUCAUUAUCAUCCAUUUUAUUCGAAACACAAAAGAAAACAAAACGUAUUUUCAAAGAUACUAACAUU